GCCUUUGUUGAUGCCGUUGAGGGGGGAUUCUUCUUCUUCUUCGUCUUCUUCUUCUUCUUCUUCUUCUCCUGUGUCUACGUCUGAGGGUGAGAGAGGGAGUGGAAGUGGAAGUGGAAGGUGGGUGAGGGGUGCUGAGAGGCCUGGGGUUAGGAGGGCGAGGACGUCGCUUUGGGGGAGGUAGUUGAUUGUCUUUUCAUGGUGGGGAUUUUCUGUUCUUCUGGUGAUCUUGUCUUCUGGGGUUUGGGUGGACUUUAUGUGUUGUUUUGGCUUGAUCUGAUUUGCUUUGUUUAGUGUUUGCGAGCUGGUUGAUGGAGAGGGGUUGAAGAUGCAGUGGUUCUACAUAGUAGACACAGGCUGGUCAGACUGGCAUAGUAUGGACUUGUUUGCUUUGGUUGUCUUCUACCUUGACUAUGGAAUUAUCGAGCCCUAAUGAUGAGUUAUGCACGUUACCGUCUUCACGUUAAUGUGAUGGUCGAAGCGGGUUGUUAC